AUGAGGGAACGGUGGGUCGUUACUUCUUUCCUAACAAUCUCUACAGCUAACGAGUUGGCUCAAGGUGACAAGGUACUACUACUGAAACGAAGUGACAAAGUGGGUACAUAUCAACAUCAUUGGGCAGCCGUCAGUGGCAGUAUAGAACCAACUGACACGUCACCUCUGUCACGAGCUUUGACAGAAAUCCAAGAAGAAACUACGCUCACUUUGGCUGACGUUGAACUCGUGCGUGUUGGCCGAGUGCUGACAAUCCAUGCACCAAAGCUAUCCACGGUCUGGAAGGUACGCCCGUUUCUGUUUAGGGUGUUAUGCGAUGCUAGCAAAAUCGCGAUUGACUGGGAACAUGAAAAGUAUGAAUGGAUCAGUCCCGACGAAUUGGUGAACUAUCAGACCGUGCCUAAUCUUGUAGAGGCCUUUUAUCGUGUGUAUCUCCCCGAGCAGGUUCAUAACAGUUUGAUGGAUAUGUAUAACAAUAGAUCGUCUGGAGCACAGCAAUUGGCUGCCGAGGCGUUGAAUACGAUGGAAGAAGUUGUUAGACUAAAGUCGAUGAGAACGUAUUGUAAAAAUGCCAAAGAAAUGUUUUACGCAAUGCUUAAUAUCGGAUGGUAUUUUACUCAUAUUAGGCCAACUAUGAAAGCUCCUAUCAUAUAUGCAGUCGGGCAAGCAAUGUCAAAGUCAAGGGAAAUACUAAAACAAAGUGGGGGUGAGAUCUCUGUAGAAGAGUACGAGCAAAAAAUGUUGGAUAUCAUUGAUGGGAUUAAACAAUCCUCAAAAGAUGCAGACAGAAAGAUAAUUAACCAUUUCCUUCAACUGACGCUAAACGCUGAAUCGUUUCCAUCUCAUCUUCACGUGAUGACCAUCAGUCACUCAUCGACCAUCUAUUCCUCACUUUUAUCUCUUAUUCAAUCUAUCCAGUCUCUCCCUGACCAUACUCUCAAGAUUACAAUCAUGGAAUCUCGUCCUCUCAAUGAGGGUUCCGUAGGUCUCGCGCGCAAGCUUCUCGAUGACUUGCCCGAGACGGCUAAACCUCGAGUAGAGAUACAAAUUAUAACUGACGCGUCGUGUGCUUACUUUAUGCCAACCGUCACUCAUGUUAUCAUUGGCGCUGAUCGAAUCGCAGGAAAAGAUGCGACGGUAAUCAACAAGAUUGGCUCGUUUCCCUUGGCUUUAUCGGCAAAAUAUUAUGAUAAGCCGAUAAUCGUGGUCACCAGGACCGACAAAUUAGCAUCUACAGACGAAGGAGAACAAUUAGAAGAGAAUGCAGCUGAAGAGGUAGUGAGUAUGUAUGAGAAUUGGAGCGAGUUUGGUACGAGCAAGAAUGUCAGGGUUAGAAACGUGUACUUUGAAAGUCUAGAGUCAAAACUGAUCAAUGGAUAUGUUACUGAACAUGGUAUAUUGAACGCCAAUGAUAUUGUCAAUCUUUGGCAAGAAAGGAAAGAUGACGAGAAAUUGUUUGAUUUAUUAGAAGAAUAG